GCACAGCCACCUAAACUCACCUCUCGUACUUGAAAAUAUUCCCUAUGUUCUAAAUUACCACAAAAAUUCCCAAUUUCUAAUUAAUUUUCCCGAGAUUUACAACCCAACAUAAUUUUUCGAAAGUUCCAAGCUAUUAUAAAAAUUCAAAAUUUGCAGUUCCCUCAACCUCACACAAGAUUUACCACAUAACUAAAUUUUUUUUUAAUUCUCUCUGUUCAAAGUUACCAUAAAAAUUUCAAAUUUCCCAACUUCACACAAUAUUUACAACGCAUUCCGAUUUCUCGCCAUGCUGAGAAAAUCUAAAUCACCACCGCCUCCAAGGCGUCUGCAAAACACCGCUCCCCUCCCUCCCCCAGAGGUUAUGGACGACGCCACUUUUCUAUGUGUCCUCUUAGCAUUAAUACUCACGAUAAUCGCGCUAGUCUGCCUAAUUUCGCCCUACCUUUGGACCUCGGGGCGACCUGGGAUUCUCCUUUCUAAGGAUGGAACCACGUGGGAGGCGGCACAUUGGUCAAGUUAUGACGUAAAUUCUCCUCCUUCGGGUGAUAAUAAUUCCACCCGGGUAAUAAUCAGUUUGACCCGGGUAACUGCAAAACUGGUUCAUGGAGAAGAUUUGUCCCUAAGCUUCAUGCUCAUGCAACAGUGGAGUGAUCCAAGGCUGGUGGUUCGAGGUGGGGAAAAUAAAACUCGUUCAACGUUGUGCAUAUCAUUCUUCACAUGCAUGCUCGGGAGAUUGGAGGAAAAACCAGAAGGUCCAACCGUGCAAAAUAUUGAGGCGAUUAAGGGAACCGACUCUCCAAUUUCAAUUUGGAAACCGACCCUUGGAACGGACUCUUUUAUCCGCGUGGUGGAUAAAAGUAGGGACGAAACCUGGCUCUGGAAGGAUGGAAGGGUCCUUCGAAGGCAACCUGCCACCUUAAUCUUGUCCCCAUCCCGGCAUGACGAGACCACUUCCGAGUAUUUGUUCAAAAUUUUUACAACCCGAGAAUUUACCACCGGGAAGGUCGCCUUGACCUGGAACAGCUCUGACCCUAUCAGUUUCAACAAUGAAACGUCACCUCAAGUUAUGGGGGAAAAUUCAAAAAAUUCCCGAUUCCUAUAUUCCACGGGGCACUGUGAUAUGACGUACGGCCCUGAUUCCGCCACACAACUGAAGCGAAGCUGUCUCAAGGUUGGUUUCAAGCUGGAGAAAACUCCAACCUCCUCCAAAAAGGAAUUGGAUCGGUUACUUUCCUUGUUUGAUUUGUCGCUUGGCUUGAUAAUUCUUAUCGUAGUUUAUGUAUCCUAGUAAUAUUGGGGUCACAUGUAGAUGAACACCCGUACUUCAAAUGUAUGAACAAAUUUUAAUCAAGACGAUAUUUUUAUUCGUAAUGGGUAAUAAAGAAGUGCGUUUUUUAUAAUAAUGUA